AUGCCGACCCAUAUUGAACCAAGUCGCCAUAGGUUGAGGAUCCCGCUCAGGACACCCUAUAGACUAAGCAUUGAGUUGAUAUACGAGACUGGGUUACUCACCGUGAUGCACAAGAUCAAGCUAUCCCAUCGUGCCAGUAGCAAACUACAAGGAUUGUCAGCCGCUUGUAGUCAAGGCACCAAACUACCUACUGGUUCGGCACAUUUCAGAAUUGUCAUGCGUGUCGAGUUGCUCAAGCCUACUAUUCGAUGUGCAAAGACCAUCCAAGAACGAAACUUUGUCCCUUCGUUGAUAUGGAGCUUGAGGUACGUGCCGAGUGUUAUUUGGAGCCCAAUUGCAAACAUGAUGAGGUUGGCCAGUUCGCCGUGUAACGAAGGCGGGAAUGUGCGGCCCUUGUGCUUGUGUCCGAGAAUGUAUCCACCAAUAGUGAGAAGAAAACCAGUAGCCUACUCUCAUGUUAGUGCGUGUUUGUUUAAUGGAUUGCACGUGGUAUCACCUGUAAUGGUACAUGCCAUCGAGCCCUGGAAACAACCGCGUCGUCAUUAA